GGGCAGUGACAACUCCGCCUUCCCUCUGUCGCGUGUUAACGACGUCAUCAUUGAGCUCACAAAGUGUGGCUGACAGGUGAAACUAGCCACACUGCUGGGACAGACGUUUCUUCGCCUAUUUGAUCACAUAAGAUGUCUUCACUUCUCAAGGUGGACAAUGAAAUCAAAACCAAGGUUGAUGCUUUCAGGGAACGUAUCACUUCAGAAGCUGAAGAUUUAGUUGCAAGUUUUUUCCCAAAGAAGUUGCUGGAGCUUGAUCACUUCUUAAAGGAUCCAAUCAUAAACAUCGCUGACCUGAAGGAGAUACACUCGGAGAUAAACUUGACGGUCCCAGACCCCAUUUUGCUCUCAAACCUGCAUGACGGACUAGAAGCGCAAAAUGCCAAAAAGAGAAAACUCGAAGAUGGAGGUGGGGAGGACAUGGUGACUGGCACCAAGGUCUUUGUCAUGCCUGGUGGGAUGUUGAAGAGCAAUGGAAGCCUUGUUGAUCUUAUUGAGAAGGUCAAACCAGAGAUCAGGACACUCAUAGAGAAAUGUAACACAGUCAAAAUGUGGGUUCAGCUGCUCAUCCCCAGGAUAGAAGAUGGAAACAACUUCGGAGUGUCAAUCCAGGAGGAGACUGUAGCUGAACUCAGAACAGUUGAAGGAGAGGCAGCAUCCUACCUCGACCAGAUCUCAAGAUACUACAUCACAAGGGCUAAGCUGGUGUCUAAAAUAGCAAAAUAUCCACAUGUGGAGGACUAUCGACGCACGGUAACUGAGAUUGAUGAGAAGGAAUACAUCAGUCUGAAGAUCAUAGUUUCUGAACUCAGAAAUCAAUACGUGACGUUACACGACAUGAUCCUGAAGAACAUUGAGAAGAUCAAGAGGCCUCGAAGCAGUAAUACAGACGCGUUGUACUGAUGUUCCUCCAUCCGUCUCAGCCUCCACCCUCCCGUCUCCACCCGUCUUCUCGCCAUACCCGUUCAGCAACAACAGCCCGGCCUCGGUCCUCUGGACUACAACUAGACAUUCAUCUACUUCAGUACAAUCAACACAACCCAGUACAGAAACAUAGCUCCUCCCAUAGAUGGACACUACACACAUGUUUUUGUUUUAAAUGUAAAAUAUUUUUUCUUGUUUUAAAAAACCCUUUGAAGGAAAAUGGGGCGAUAGAUCAUAGACGACAAAAGAAAGGCGCUAUGUAUUUUUUAAUUUUAAUUAAACAUUUUGUCCUGAGAUCUUUUGUGAAAUUGUUUCAUUUAAAGCUCUUAAGAAGAAUUCAGACCACUUCUCUGAAUGUUUUCCUUUUAUUUAAGUCUUAUAUUAGUUUUCUUCAUCUGGAGGAUGUUCGUUUAGCGAACAUGCAACACGAAAGCUGUUUUGUUUUUCCUCAGAAUGUUAUACAUUUCACAAUAUAGUUGUUCCUUAUGAAUAAUAAGCAGGCUUUAGAUCCACAGGUUUAUUAGUUUUCAGUGAAAAUUCAUAAGUCACCAAAGCAUCUCUUGUGUUGAGCCAUUGAUUCUAUUCAAUAAAGCAUUUUUUGAUAAAGAGAAUUAUUUCUGACAUUAAUGUGUUUGCAAAAAUUGCUUAUUGAAUGUCAGAUAGAAGUUAAUGGUGUUUUCAUGCAAAUGUCAAGAUGUGAAUUCACACUUGCGUACUGUGUUUCUGUUCAGUCAUACAGUAAAAUACCUAUUUGUAUUAUUAUUAUUAUUAUUAUUAUUAAUAGGGAUGAGGAAAACGUUGCUGUGUUUCCUCUGAACCUGCAGAUGUCACUGUUUUAUUGUGUAAAUCUUGGACACGACACAUACACUCAAC